AUGGAUGAUGCUCUAUCACGUGCUCUGCAGAGGAAAGACCGACCUAGGCGUGUGUUAACAGUUGGGCGUAGCAUUGGGAUUACAUUUGUUUGGGGAGAUCCUGAUCGGAGCAAUACUGCUCGCAAGGGUAGGGGCAUGGAUGAUGAGGAGAUGAAAGCGUUAGAAGCUAGAGUGAGCCAAAGAGUUAGAGAACAGACAAUGGAAGAUAUGAACUCGAAGAUAAAUGCAUUAGUCAGGUUCAUGGCUUUCGUGGCGCAUUUAGCGGAUGUCUCGGGACCGAUCAUUGUAGCUGAGGGUACCAUUCAUCCACGACAGGAGUCAUCGGCACACUCUACGAUCGUCGUGAGAGUAUCUGUUGAUGAUUUUUAUGCGGAUUACGCAGAUGCUCCAGUUCCACUCCCUACUUCAUUCAUCACGAAACUCAGUCAAGCUGAGGCAUCUGUCAUAGAAUGGCCAAAAGAGUUGGUAUUUUUAGUCUCAGAUAAUCUGGAGUCAGAAGAGGAGGAAGAAGAUGAAGAGGAGGAACAACAAGGUUCCUCCUCUAAAGAAGAAAGGAGUAACCCCUUUUCAUCAGAAGAGGAAGCCUCUGGAGCCUCUUCAUCUUCUCCAAUAGAUAAUUCUGAUGGGGAUGAAGGUGAUGAUGAGGAAAAAGAGGAGGAAGAAAAACAAGAGGAAGCCCCUCCGGCCGAUCCUCUUGCCCACCAAUGGGAGGAGGAAGAGGAUGAAGAUGAUGACGAGCCUCCUGCAAAGAAGAGCAGGGUUCAUGAUAGUGGCAGCAAGUCCAAGGGGGACUAUGGCAACAACGAUUCUGACGCUGAUUCAGAUGCCUACAAGCCACCAUCGCAAAAACCAUAG